AUGACCGACAUUACGCAAAGCAUUCCAACCUAUCAGAGAGCGCUGGUUGCGACACAGGGAAAGACAUGGCAGUUGAGGCUGGAUAUGGCAAUACCACGAUUAAAGGAUGACGAGGUUCUCAUCAACAUCAAUGCAGUAGCUCUCAACCCAUCCGACGUUAAGUCAGUACAGCAUGCAGCGAUUGAAGACACUAUUGGAGGUUGCGAUAUGGCAGGGACUGUGGCGAUGCUUGGUAAAGAUGUUGGGGCGAAGCUCACGGUUGGUGAUCGAGUGAGCGCAUUUGUCUUUGGUGGCUCUGUGGCACGACCAGACAAUGGUGCCUUUGCGGAAAGUCUGGGCCUUGUUGACGACUUUGGCGAAGCCAUCAAAGCCGCAUCCACAUUGACAAACACAACACGAGUACCCAUUCUUGUGUAUGGUGGUUCCACUGCCACCGGGACAAUAGCUCUGCAGUUGUUGCGAGAUCUUGACUUCGAAACGAUCACAACGUGCUCACCGCACAACUUUGCUCUGGUCCAAAAGGCCGGUGCGCAGCGUGCUUUCGACUACGCGCAAGCGACGUCCGGCCAUGACAUAUGGGAGUUCUGCGCUGGGAAACUCCAGUACGUAAUCGAUUGCAUCGGCGACGAUGCCUCGACAUCGCUUUGUUACCGGGCAGUGGGGCCUAAAGGGGGUCGAUAUGUAUCACUGAAUCCGUUCCCCAGGAGGCUUGCACUGCGACGCCGCGACAUCUCUGUAGACUGGGUGCUUGGUUACUCGGUCUUCGGGGACAGAGUUCAGCUAACCACCGAAUAUCAGAAGGCAGCAGCCCCAGAAGAUGUUGUUUUCGCGGGGAGAUGGACGACUAAGAUGGAGGAAUUGGUUCAGAAAGGUAUUGUGAUUGCGCAUCCGAUCGAGGUGCGGGACGGUGGAUUAGCGAGCAUCAUAGACGAUGCCGAAAUGCUGCGAGCGGGCAAGGUCUCAGGGAAGAAGCUUGUGUAUGUAGUUGGCAGAUAA